AGCAGCCGCGUUUCUGUUUUGUCACUUUGAAACGCUGCAAAGUCGCAAAAUAAACGCGAGAAAGGUUUGGACGUCGAGUCUUCGGCUGGUCCUACCUUAUGUCAGACCAGGAGACGUCAUCUCACGUGACCAGUGACGUCACUGUACCCCCGCCCCCCGCCUGUCGAGGGUUUUAUAAAAACAAGCUAAGCGGCUACUUGACUCAUUUGUGUAAUAUUGUGUUGCAACCUUCUGUUCUUCGCUCACAUCACCGGGGGAGAAAAUGGGAGUGGUGACAAUACGAGUGGAAUACUGCGGCAACUGAGGCUACGAGCCCCGCUAUCAGGAGCUCGCCCGAGUCGUCAAGGGCGAGUUUCCCGAUGCGGACGUGUCGGGCUUCGUUGGCCGCAAAGCGAGCUUUGAGAUUGAAAUCAACGGGCAGCUGGUCUUCUCCAAACUGGAGCUCGGGGGAUUCCCAUAUGAAGAUGAUGUGAUAGACACCAUCCAGAAAGCUCACGACGGAAAACCUCUGACGAAGAUCAGCAAGAGCCGCUCGCCGUGCGUCAUCAUGUAGACAAAACUGCGCGGCUGGACCGGACCGGGCUUUCCUCAACAUCUUUCUGUUUUAAAAAAAAAAAAUGUGGUGAAACCCCCCAGAUGUGGACCGAGCAGCCAUUUUGUUGAAAGCCCGGCUCCCCCUCGUUCGCUCUUGACACCGCGCCGCCGAGCCGCUAAUGACUGGCGCUGCCGCAAAAUAAACCACACGGCUGCGCUACGAUGACUUCCCGUGCCCGGCGGUCACGCAACCCGUCAGGAGCGGGCGACGGGGAGAAUGUUUGGUCGAAAUUGAAGGCAAGGUCAGUAAGAAGUCAUGAAUUAACUUUUUUUUUCGUUUGUUUUAUUAUUAUUAAAUAUAGGUUUUCAGAUGCUGUGCUUCUAUUGACUGAAUGAAUAAAUUCACUGCUUGCAAAACUG